AUGUUUGUUUCGCCCCUGCUCUCCGUUUUUUUUUUUGGUUCGGUGUUGUCUCUCCUUCUUCUCGGCUCCAACGCAUGUGAAUUUUGUUUUGGAUUUCCCUGCUGCCGAGUUCCUGCCUUCCCUCCCCCCCCCCUUCUUUCCUCUUCUCUUUUCCUUUUUUUAAAGUUUUCUCGGUUUCAGCUUUGUGAUCUGUUCAGUCUGAUUUUGUUGUUUGCUGUUUUUUGA